AUGGCUCUUUCUCAUUUGACAACAGAGCGGGUUUUAGCUCAAAUUGAGCGUGUCAUUCAAUUCAACCAUGAAUUUCGUCUAAACGACAGUGUCAAAGUGAAUUUGGUCCAUGUUGAAAUGUCCAAUGGCGGUACCGGAACAAAACGUUCAGAAAUAAAUUUGGAAAAGCAUUUGGCCAAAAAAGUCUCAAUCAUACGUAUCCAAAACAAGGAAGAUUUAUGUUUAUCUCGAGCUUUAGUUGUUUCGAUUGACAAAAUUGAAAACGAUAGCCGGUAUAAACCUAUAAGUGAUUUUCGUUGUUCACUACAAACACGUUUAGCUCAUGAUUUUCACCAAAAAGCAGGUGUUCCGUUAGGUUCUUGCGGUAUAGACCAAGUCAAACAGUUUCAAGCGUAUUUGACCGAUUGUCAAAUCAACAUUGUUUCAAAAGAGCAUCAAAAUUCAUUCAUUUUUUCCGGACCUGAUAAAGAGAAAAGGAUUUAUCUGUUUCUGCAUGACAAUCAUUUCGACGUGAUUACAAGCAUGCCGGCCUUUGUUGCUCGUAAAAUGUAUUGCCAUACUUGUAAAAAGGGAUAUGAUCAUCAAAGAGAGCAUUUAUGUGGAGAUAUGUGUAAAUUGUUUUAUUUUCAAAACGGUCCUAUUGUUUCGUGGAUUUCAUGUAGUGAUUGUAAUCGUAUUUUUAAAAGUCAGGAAUGUUUCCACCGGCACAAACAAAACGUAGGAAAUGCAAAAUCUAUCUGUAUGUCUAUUGCCAAAUGUCCUCAUUGUAAUCGUGUUUUCGAACGGACUGAACUGAGGCCUGAUUUGCAUCACUGCGGACUGAAACGUUGCUCGAUCUGUGAAAAAUAUGUGGGCAUCGAAGAUCACCAGUGUUACAUGCAACCUGUCAAGGAAAAACCAAGGCGCGAAACCAAUAUGUGUGAUGACGAAGCGGAUGAGGACGUCCACGAAAGCGGAUACAACGAACUACUGUUCUUCGAUUUCGAGUGCAUCCAAGAGAAUGCUACUCACGAACCGAACUUGUGCGUGAUUCAAAACGAGGCUGGUGACGAAUGGAUGUUUCAAGGACAUAAUACCAGGAACGAUUUCUGUGAAUGGCUGUUCAGGAAAGAACAUUAA